CAAAAAAUAUGGAAUAUGGUAUGUCGAUGAGUGAACAAUCGUCCAAAUCGAAAGAUACCUUGAGAUCUACAAGUAACAGCAGAACGAGACACCGUAGCUUUUCUGAUAGACCGUCAUCAAGUAGGUCACAAAUUGUUGAUAGUCGCUUUCGAUUACGUUCAAAAUCUGCCAGUUCGUCCGCAGAGCGAUUUGGUAUAGCUAUGCAAUCGACAUUACGGUCGAAAGCAUUAAGCACAGCGGAAGUCAAUAAUAUCGGUGAGUUCAAGAUUGCCAAUUUUGUCUCUGAGCGUUUCGCGACGAAAUAUCCUCGGGGUUCAAGAUCGGCUACUUGUGCAAGAAAGAGUACGCCUCCGAUAUUACGUCAGGUUAAUGAAGCGACUGGAAAAUCUAACGAGUUGCGAUUGAAAGUUAGAUCAUUAACUGGUAGUACUAUAUACUUGGUACAUGUAUUAGCUGACGAAUCGGUGACGAAAUUAUACGAAUUACUUGAUAAGGCUAUGCAAACAUCCGGGCAUAGAGGAUAUAAAGUAGUGUUGAGCGGGUAUUCGCCGAAGAGAUUACAACGUAUAAGUACAUCCUUAAAAGAAAGCGGGAUAAAUAGAGAUUGUGUUCUCCAUCUUGUGAAUGAUUGAAUUUGUUAGCUCGUGAAAGUAGAUUUUAUAUUUCUAUAUAUUGUGU